UCUAGUAAACAAUAAUAAAUAAGUGGCUGUGCAGUGUUGUGUUAGUUGAAUGUUAAAUUUAUCUUUCGGUUAUGAUUGCUGGAAAUAAUUUAAAGGAGCCGUUGCAUCCAGUUUACUCUAGCCAUGUAACAAAAAUAAUCGGCUUGGCAGUAGUUAUUUUUCCCUUAGCAUUUUUGUUUAUUUUAUCCACUUUCACAUGGUUACGCCUUCAAAAUGUUGAAAAAGACUUGGAAUUGUAUGAAAAUAAGUUUGCUAGUUUAACCAACACUUUGCGUGCACUUGGAAUUGCUCUAGACGAUGAUCUAUAUAACUCUAUUGCCAAAUUUGAAAACGAAGAGAAUUUUGAAGAGGAAGAGCGGUCAGCGCAAACCCAAAGCCGUAAUGAUGAUUAUUCCGACGAAGAUUAUGAGUCACUGAGCGUUUUUAACAAUGAACUGAUAACAGAAUCAUCCAUAAAUAAAAAUAAUUUAAGAAGGAGAAGAAAUGUAGUAGCUGCUACUAGCGAUGGAGUGCUUGUCAACUCGGAAUCAUAUGCAGAUAUUAAGAGGAAAAAGUUUUAUCCCAAUCCAACAAUUUCAUACAUAUCAUCAACUUCACCGCCAGUAUAUUCGAGAGUUUCUAGAGUCAUGCACAAAGAUGACAAGUCAAAAGCCUUUAAAACCACAGUGCAUAAGGUUAUGUACAGAGCAGGAGAUAAUUCUGCAGAAGAAUCAAACAUGAGUGAAGGGGCCCAAAUACUUCUUAGAGACGACCACCAUAGAAAAAGAUAUCGUAACCGAGCCAGUCGUUUAGAGAGUCUAGACGAAAGAGUCCAAACUCCCCAUAGAAUGGGAAGGAUGAAACCUUUAGCUAACAUUAGAUUUGAUGGGGACACAUCCCAGUACGUACUAGGUCGACAUAGUAAUUUCAAUGGCAAUGGACAUAUGAGACAUCCAAGGAAAACCUACGUCGAUUGGAAGGCCAAACAUUGGGUCAACUCAACCGGCAUGGACCAACAUUUUUAUAUGAACAACGGUGGCGAGUUGACUAUUAAAGAAAGCGGCUUAUAUUUUAUUUAUGCUCAGAUUUAUUAUUUGGAUGAACACGAUACAAACGGGUUCAGAGUUUAUAAAAAUGAGGAUGAAACGGUGCUUCAAUGCACCACAUCAACUCAUACUCAAGAAAGGACACUCAAAGGAAAUACUUGCUACACUGCUGGAGCAGAUUACUUAUCAGAAAACGAUGUAAUAUCGUUAUCUGACUUAUCUGAUGGACGAUACUCGUUAUUCGAACCUGGAAAAUCGUUUUUCGGUCUUAUUAAACUUGGCGAUGUAAAAACGAAGUGGCAGUUGAAAAUCAUGAAGGGAAUCUGGAUGAUUUUAAUUAUUUUUUUAAUCGAGAAUGCCUGUUCCCAAGACGAUUCUCUAAGAUCGGCUCUAAAAGCCAUUGAUAGACGAGAGGAGGAUUUUUCUGCUUUCGAAAGGCCGAAUGAUUUGGCCUUUAUCAAUGCACCUCAUUAUUCUGGCAGAGAAUUUAAAAAAUUGGGCGGAGAUUUGGAUUUAGAAAAUCAGCACCGAAUCGACGACUUGGAUAAUAAACGCCUUUUAUCCCCAUUUAGAGAAAGAGUGGAAGAGCAAAAGCAAAUCGAGGAAUUGGCUAAAAAUUAUCUUUCAAACCUUGAAAAAGAACAGGAAUACAACUACAAGAACGAAGAUUUAGGUGGUGAGAUUGAUGAUGAUUAUGAGGACAUCAAAGGAGAGAAUGACGGCAAUAACUAUGAAGAUGGUGUAAUACAGGAAUUAUGGGAAAAAUAUCGACAGCCAUUAAUGUACACGAGGGGUAGAAGCAAGAGGUAUUAUCCUCAGAUGAGCAUCGGCGAAAGCAUUGGCCUGCGGAAGAGAAUGAAUAACUUUAAUUCGGAAAGUGGCCCAUAUUAUUACCUUAAGAUGCGCUCUGGAGCCCAGCAGCAGAAAAGGUUUCCGGUUACAAAAAGAAGUAGCGACCAUGCAGGGUUGAAGAAGAACGAAGAGCGUGAUUUUAAAACUGAAACCGAUCCAAAGGUAGCUAAGGAACUAAGCAAUGUGUUUGGUCCUGAAACCAGCUCAAAGCCACAAAUAACUGAAAAAGUACAACACCAAACUCAAACGCGAAAAGCACAAGAGAAAGAAGCUACCAAGGAAAUACUACCAAUUGGCACGAUAAACAACGAAAAGCCAUUGCAGAUUAAGAAGAAAUCGAUCGAUUGGUCUGAUUAUUUUGGUUUAGACCGACGUAAGAAAGCUGAUAAUAACGAAUGGUUAAUUGAGAGAUACCACAAGGCGAUGAAAACAGCAUCGAAAAGAAAUGUGCAAGUAAAAGAGAAAAAUACUACAGACCGUGAUUUGGCUGAUCGUUUGGAAGAAGAUGAAAAGAUUGAAGAUAUCGAUAGAAAAUUAAAGAAUAUGGAAGACACAAUAGUCGAUGACACUUUAAAGUACACAGGAGCGCAUCAAGGGGCGACUGAUUCCAAACAAGUUCAACAAGUUAAGAAUAAGGUGAUAUCACGUCUUGCGGCCGCGUACAGCUUGGAAAAAAUGAGAAAUGCCCUGGGCGAAUACAAGUUGGCCAUAGCAAAGGAACGCGAACGGCUCAAGAUGCAGAAAAAUAAGGACAUGGACAACAAGCAACAACAAGAAAAACGUACUUCAGUGCCACGUAAGGAAGCUGUGGAUGAAAGGAUGAAUUCCAAAACGAGCGAUAAAAAUGAAAACGAAAAUGUCAUUAAAUGUACCCAAGGAAAUACUGCUGAAUGUUUAGAACAAAAUUAUGGACUAUCCAGCGACCUGCUUGAACAACAUUUUGGACAAGAUCAAUGUCCUAUCAUUGAAAAAGCCUGCAAUGAAGUUUCGAUCAUUUUGGGAGAAUAUGGGCAUAUGUUUGAAAAGGCUUGUAAUAUGUAUGAAAUGUGUCUAAUUUGCACGAACAAUAUUGGUAUGUCACCCAUCCAUCAUUGUAACAGCUUGUUUUUGGCCAAGGCAAAUGAAUUAUGUCAGCUGGAUGAAAAAUGUCAACGUGAGGCAAGGCAUUCCUUAAGAUUUUUACUAGAUAUAAAUGGGUCUUUGCAAGCUGAUCCAGGCACUCAGGAGCAAUGCGAGUCACGAUGUCCCAAUAUGCAAACCUUAUCCGAACUAUUCGAUUUGCGUUAAAUGCAGAUCUGCAUCAGGACCGACCUACUCAUUCAUUAAAAUAUUUUUAAAUGCUAAAGCAUUUGAAUAGCGACUUAACCAACUAAUUAUUAUAUAUCCAGCGUUGAACUUAAUAAUCAACUAAAUGUUACCUACCUGUAUGUAUGUUAUUCUGUUAUUAUAUUUAGGUAUCAUAUCUAUUGUAUGUAAAUGUAUAGUAUAAAAAAGUUGCUUAACUCACAACAUUUAUUAUUGAUAGAAACAUAUUACUUAUUUACCUACUGUGGAGUACUAUACCAAAAGUACUAAAAAAAGUCCAAAUUUAAAUUCACAAUGACAAAAUUUUAGUAUUGUUUUAUAAAGAUUAAAGCCCUGUGUUUUUUGUGACAAUAAUUCGUAUCAAUAAUCGUCUAAAUAGUUUUUACACCUAUCUAUAAUUUAACCCAAGUACAAUUAAAUUGAACAUAUUAUGUAUUGCUUAUAGGACUGCAUUAUCUACAUAUACAUAUGUAUGUAUAAUGAUUUUAAUAUAUUUUAAUGGUA